GGGUGGGGGGCAUGGUUAUGGGUGGGGGUGGAGCCACGUGUUCGGACUGCAGGUCCCGGGGUGCUCCGCGGCGGGGAUCCCUAGUCCCACCCGUGACGCGACGCGGCCGUGACCGGGCGGGGCUGGAGGGUUCGCUGCGGCGCCGCAAUGGCGGGGGUGUUCGACAUCGACCUGGAGACCGAGGAGGGAAGCGACGGGGAGGAGCCCGAGCUGGGCGCCGAGAUGGAGGUGGAGCCCCGGGGAAAUGGCCUGGAGCCUGUGGGGCACUAUGAGGAGAUCGAGAUCUCAGAGAGCAGCGUCAACAAUGGCCCCGAGCACAUUGGGCCCCACUGCUUCGAGCUGCUGCGCGUCCUGGGCAAGGGCGGCUACGGCAAGGUCUUCCAGGUGCGCAAGGUGCAGGGAACCAACACAGGGAAGAUCUUUGCCAUGAAGGUGCUGAAGAAGGCCAAGAUUGCCUGCAAUGCCAAGGACACGGCGCACACGCGGGCUGAGAGGAACAUCCUAGAGGCCAUCAAGCACCCUUUCAUCGUUGACCUCAUCUACGCCUUCCAGACGGGCGGCAAGCUCUACCUCAUCCUGGAGUGCCUCAGUGGUGGGGAGCUCUUCAUGCAGCUGGAGCGUGAGGGCAUCUUCCUGGAGGACACCGCCUGCUUUUAUCUCAGUGAGAUCACGCUGGCGCUGGGCCACCUGCACUCCAACGGCAUCAUCUACCGCGACCUCAAGCCUGAAAACAUCAUGCUCAACAGCCAGGGUCACAUCAAGCUGACGGACUUCGGGCUGUGCAAGGAGUCCAUCCACGAUGGAGCAGUCACCCACACCUUCUGCGGCACCAUCGAGUACAUGGCCCCAGAGAUCCUGGUGCACAGCGGGCAUAAUCGUGCUGUGGACUGGUGGAGCCUGGGUGCCCUGAUGUAUGACAUGCUCACCGGAUCGCCCCCGUUCACGGCAGAGAACCGCAAGAAAACCAUUGACAAGAUCCUGAAGGGGAAGCUGGUGCUGCCACCCUACCUGACACCCGAUGCACGUGACCUGCUCAAGAAGUUCCUCAAGCGAAACCCCAGCCAGCGUGUUGGUGGGGGGCCGGGGGAUGCAGCCGAUGUGCAGAAGCAUCCCUUCUUCCGGCACAUCAACUGGGAGGAGCUGCUGGCACGUCGCCUGGACCCUCCCUUCAAACCCUGCCUGCAGUCGGAUGAGGACGUCAGCCAGUUCGAUGCCCGCUUCACACGACAGACCCCCGUGGACAGCCCCGACGACGCUGUCAUCAGUGAGAGCGCCAACCAGGCCUUCCUGGGCUUCACCUACGUGGCCCCCUCAGUGCUGGAGAGUAUCAAGGAGGGCUUCUCCUUCCAGCCUAAGCCCGGUGAAGUUCUCCACGUUCGAGCCCUUCAGGUCUGCGGAGCCCAUGGAGCUGGGGCUGGGGGGCGGCACCCCGCCCGAGGGCACGGCCCCGCUGCCCAUCGCCUCCGCCAAGAAGACGCGGGGGGGGAGGGGGAGGCCGCCCAGGUAGGGGUGGGGGGGGAGGGAGUCGGGGAAACGGUGCCUUGGGGCGGGGGGGGGCCGGUGCUGCGGGGCUGCGACCCGGCCCGGCUGCGUGUGCCCAUUAAAGCAUGAAUCGGUGCGGAUGCA